UGAAAUAUUAUAAAGGGUUCUGCCCACUGUUGCAGUGGUUAGAUAUUUAGUUUAUCGAUCUAAUGGCACAUGUGUUUGUUCACUAGAAGUUUGUUAUUAGGUAGUAUUUUUUUUUCAAGAGUUUUAAUACUGCUGUCUGUUACUUUCGGCUGUUAGUUGUUGAAGAAUGAAAGCGGUUUGUAUGCGCUCAGAUCGAGAUAUUACAUUAGUAUGGUCACUACUAUUGCAAAGAAGAAGUCUUGUGGUAUCAUAAUUAGUUCAUCUUCCCUCUCUUCCCCGCUUAUUACAUAGUGCAUAUACUUCUUUUCUUCUACUCAAAAACCCAUGCCGCUUUAAACCAUUUAUUAAGCUUGCCUGGGAAAGACAGUAUUAUGCACCACGUCCAAAUUGGGAUUCAUGUAGAUGAUGAACUAUUUUUCAAUAUACUUAGUUAUGGACUUGUCACCUUUAUCAUUCUCAAAUGGAAAGGGUGUACGUAUAAUGUCACGUAAAACAGACAAAAGAGCUAAUGAGAUACGACUAUUCAGAAUAUUUUAUGUCUAUAAAAGAAAGACCAAGAGAAAUAUAUAUCUACAUUAUUGCAAAAUAAUACAUUAAAAUUAAUUACAUGGAAACUGGUCUGAUAAUCUGUCAGACAUUUAUCGUGUUUGUUCAGAUAAAGUCCCACUUGCUCGAGGAUCUCUUCUGGUUCAAUAUCAAUUGAUCAUGCAAUACUUAUUAACUCUUUAGCACUUUUGUGUACAGAAGUAUUUUAACUUUUCAAGAUAUACCGUCAGCGAAGAAUCUAUAUUUAUGCACUGUUGAGUGUUUGACGUCAAGAUACGAGAACAAUUAUAUAAUGUUAUUCCAUUAAGUGAAAAUAUAGUCUUUAACAUCUAAAAUUCGUUAAUCUCAAGUCAGGGAAUACCAACUAAACACGUACUAUUAUCUGUUUGUGAACCCUUAGAUUCUUCGUGUACAUAUAUAAUAGCAGUGGUAAAAAAAAUUAAUUCAUGACACUAUAUGUGGCAUUAACUAUUCAGCAUUUUAUAUAAGUAUAUUCUCAUACUUUUUCUCUUCAAUACAUGCCAAAAAAAAACAACAACAACGUUCACAACACAUAAUCAAUUUUAUCAACUUCAUCAUGCGUGAUCAAGUAUUAUACAUCAUAUCUCUCUCUCUCUCUCUUUCUUUCUUUCUUUCUCUUUUUUUUUCUUUUUU